AUGAAAAGUUUCAGGACUGAAGAACCAUUGAGUACUAAUUCAAAAAAUAAGGGAUUAACAUUUGAAAUCGGAAAUCAAAGUACAACUAGAAAAUAACAAAAAAUGCCAUUUUAAUUUAACUCCUUGAAUACUGAAGAGUGUGAUAAUGAUACACAUAGGAGUCAACAGGCCUUUAAAAAAUUGAAAAACCUUGAAUUCCAAAACGAGUUGUUUAUGUUGGAAAUGCAACAUGGGUAAAGAAGAAAGGAGGCUGAAUCAAAUAGAUUGAAGUUUCAAUUAUCAUCAAUAAAAUCAGACAUUGAUUUUAUGAAAAGUCAAUUACAAUCCCCAGUCGCAAAGGUUAAACCAAAACGCAGACGAUCUUAAUCAAUCGACAGUGAAUAGUCCUCUAAUAGAAAUAGCAGUAGCAGUAGUGAUAAUAGUUAUGUCAAAUGCCCAAUUAAGUUUAAACAUUAGGAACCUAUAUAAAAGGAAUAGAUCAAAGCAGAUAGUUAUGAAACAAUAGGGAAUAGAUUUAAGCAGCUGUUUCAAAUAAGUGAUGUGAAUGAUAAGUUGAAUUGGAUGGUAAAAUAAUAUUUCAAUUCUUUCCAUUCAAUUUAAUUAGAUUUGUAGAAUAAUUUAUUGCCUCUGUUAUUAGAAAACACAUUGAAAUUAUUGAUUGAAAUAAUAGAGAAACUGAAUUCGAUAAAAUUGGACACUUUGCAAUUCAAAUCAUAUGAUCCAUUUUAAAAUGGUGAUAAAAAUAUUAAGGGAUAUUCUAGCGAUUUAGAUAUUGAAACCAUCAAUCAAGAAUAUUAAUUUUAGGGGAACCAAACUCUAACAGAUUAUUGUUAAAAGUUCACUGAGUAGAAGAAUCAAUUUUCUACUCCGCAAUAUAAAUAGCAACAACCGGAAUAAAAACAAUCAGCCAGAUAACUACAAAACAUGAUGAAAUCAAAGCCUGAUUCGAGUUGUCAUACUAGCAACAAUUAGACUCUGGAUAAGAAGGUUAGCAUAAGCGAAAGGAGUUAAAAAAAAACUACUUAGAAGACUCAGUUAAUGCCUAGUUUAAAGAAUAGACAAAAGUGAAGAGUGAAUUUGAAUGUUUAAUAUUACUAUAAAUGUAUAUAUAAAUAAUAAUAACGA